AUGGCGGCAAUAAGCGUGGACAGACUUCUCGCCCUGUUGUCGGGGCUGAAAUACAAAGAGAUUGUAACUUUGAAGAGUGUUUAUAUUAUUAUAGCUUGCUUUUGGGUUUUAUGUCUUGUCGCCUCUUUAUGCACCAUUUUCGAUCAGCGUAUAACCGCUUUGUAUACCCGGAUAUUGAUACCACUUUCGCUGCUUAUUUCACUCGUCUCGUACACAAAGAUUUUUCGUACUCUUAGAAAUCGUCAGGGAGAAGAACAUGAUCAACUACAACCGAGCCAACCAAGUGUACUCAACAUGGCGCGAUACAGAAAAGUAGUGCACAGUGCACUGUGGAUACAGUUAGUAUUAGUUGUCUGUUAUACACCAUACCUUGUUGUGGGAAUUGUAGUCACUUAUACUACAACAUAUUCAUGACACUUAGGCGUCGCAUUGGCAAUGGCAACUAUCUUAGUUCACUUUAACUCGACGUUAAACCCGUUCCUAUACUGCUGGAAGAUUAGUGAAGUGAGACGAGCAAUGAAGCAGACAAUCCGACAAGCACUUUGCUGUCCAUGGAGUUUGACCAUCCUUCAGUUAUACAUAAUGAUAUAAGUACUUUUAGUGCAAAGCUGACCAAUAGAGAACGCUUGCCAUUUAAAUUUUUCCAAGAUUAAACGUAAGAAUCCAUCUUCUCUGCUCAGCCAAAGGCGAAUUUUUUACCUGAGAAGACGGAGUUUAAAAUAAUUGUGAAAUACUAAUAGUAUCAAAGAUGUGUGUCUGUACGUUUGACUCUUAAAGCUCAUGUUCCUAUUUUGGUCACUUUUCCUUAUGAACUUUCAUCGAUAGGGAGCUAAUCAAAUGUCCACAUCAUCUGUGUGAAAUUAGGACUUCAAUCAUUAUCGGCCUCGACAAACUGAAAUUACGAAGAUCAAGCUGGCAACUUUGAAUGACGUAAGAAAAAAUUGGAUUCGUGACAUCUCCUUAUGCAUCAAACUAUUAAAAUGUAAAUUAAUUCAAAUAUAAAAAAGAAGCUUAAAUCUGAGGGAUUGUUUAUCACAUUUUGAUCAAAAAAUACUGAUACUAAAGAUGUCUCUAUUUUUUUCCUUUUAUUGCUAUUUUAUCCGUGAGCCACCCACAGGUUCCAACGGUCGAUCAGCUAGAAAGAGAUAGUUUUUCGCCAUGUGAAAAAAAUGAUAUCACAGAUGUCUCUCUAUUUGCCUCUUACUGCUAUUUCAUACAAGAGGCUCGUCACAGGUUCCGGAAAAAAGAAAUCAAAUCCUAGGCACAACAGACAAUUUGUUUACGCACUUUGAAUGAGCAAACGCUGACGAGGAAGUCUUUAUGUGUUUACUGAAGGAAAUUUCGGUCAUCGUCGCACGGUGUAUGCUGUUUAGACGAAACAUUUCUUGUUGCCAGUUGCCUCAGUACAAGGAAAAGGAAACGAAUACAGAACAAUGUCGACAACAAAGUUCACUAGGGGUGGAACACAGAUAAAAACAUUUGUAGAACUGCUAUGCACCCCAUCUUUUGCGAGUGGAUUACAUCAAAGAUUUACUUUUUUCUCACCAGUGUACAUUCUUCUCUCCAUCACACCAUUCGUUACAAAUUCUCUCAUCCUUGUUGCCCUUCACAAGGAAUCUUCCCUCCACCCGCCGUACAAACUCCAUUACCAUGGAGUUUGGUACAACAACUGAUCUGUUGGUUGAUCUUGUUGCCCAGCCUCUCAAUGCUACUUAUUGGAUGUCCUUGGCUUUUGACGCAGCCUACAUCACGGGCUCUGCAUUGUUUUUAGCGUCUUUGAUGACGAUGACGGCCAUAAGCGUGUACAGACUUCUCGCCCUGUUGUUGGGGCUGAGGUACAAACAAAUUGUAACUUUGAAGCGCACAUAUAUCAUUGUAGCUACCAUCUAGGUUAAUCUCUUGUCUCUUCUUUAUGCACUCCUCUUGAUCAUCGUAUAACUCUACCACUUUGCCUGGUUAUUUCACUCGCAUCACAUACAAAGAUUUUUCGCACUCUCAGAUAUCAUCAGGCUCAGGCAGAAGAUCCUGUUCAACAACAGCCGAGCCAACUAAAUGUCCUGAACAUAGCUCAAUACAGAAAAGCAGUGUAUAGUGCACUGUGAGUGAAGUUAGCAUUAGUUGUUUGUUUUGCACCAUUCUUUAUCGUGGUAGCCGUGGUUGCACACAGUAAAACACAUUCAUCACAUUUGGUCAUCCUAAGGGGAAUAAUCGUUGUCUUGGUUUACUUUAACUCGACAUUAAACCCGUUUCUUUACUGCUGGAAGAUAAGUGAAGUAAGACAAGCAGUAAAGCAGACAAUCAGACAAGCACUUUGCUUUCCAUGGAGUUAG